AUGGAAUCUAUACGUCUAGAAAUCAUAACAACACAAAUUUCUACGAGAGCGGCCAGCAGACCAUUAAAAUACUGGACGGACUUGCUUUUUGGCCUCGUUCUGGAAGCACGAUGCUAUCAUCGCCAGAACUCAAACUCAAUGCAUGUACUCAGAUGCCGCGUUGUGCUCCGUCUUGAACGUAACGUCCGAUGCGGUUAUGAUCAGCGUGGUAAGCAGUUCUCGUCAUUGGUGGAGGCUGUCCUCGCCGUAAUGGACAGGGUGUAUAAGAAGGACCAGCGCCCAGCACGCAGCUCCGGAUGCCCGUUCAGCUGGUAUGGUAUGCGCAAGCGGGUAUUUCGAUCAUUGGCUUGGAACGAGCCGCUGAGUCGCGUUGGCCAAAAAGGUCAAGAGAGAACGAGGCGGUUUAAUGUGUGGACUACUGCGGCGCUCAGGAUUGAUGAUCAGAUAUCAUGUCGAGCCGCCUCGAACGCGCAUGGACUUGAAACUUGGCUUGAAGAGAAGGCUGAAUUCCCUGUGUGUCCAGGCUGCAACUGCUGCACUUCAUCUUCGGACUUCUAG